AUGGCGACGAUGAUGAUCGCCAUCAAACCCCUCUUCUCUCCCCUCAUCCAUCAUCGAUCUUCUCGCAACGCUCGACUCCAUCAUCACACCACUCGCAUGCCAGUCAGUCUCAACCGAGUCGCGACUCAUCUCGCAACUUCUCUCGCCUCAGCGGCGGCGGCACCUCCUUCUUCUGCCGAGUCGCUGGUGGACGACUUCGAUUCGGAGCUGCCAAUCGAGGAGGCGUUGACUCCGCCCAGCUCCUGGUACACCGACCCUUCUUUCCUCGACCUCGAGCUCGAUCGCGUCUUCUACCGAGGCUGGCAGGCUGUCGGAUGCACGGAUCAGGUUAAAUCGCCUCAGGAUUUCUUCACUGGCAGAUUGGGAAAUGUAGAAUUUGUGGUGUGUCGAGAUGAUAAUGGAAAAAUCCGUGCCUUUCACAAUGUCUGUCGCCAUCAUGCUUCUCUUCUUGCAUCGGGAAGUGGCAAGAAGUCGAGCUUUGUGUGCCCAUAUCAUGGGUGGACUUACGCACUGAAUGGAGCCCUUCUCAGAGCAACUAGAGUCCACGGAAUCCGGAACUUUGAUGUAAAGGAGUUUGGGCUCAUACCACUAAAAGUAGCCACUUGGGGCCCAUUUGUUCUUCUUAAUUUUGAGAAAGAUGUUUCUCCCGAUCAGGAAGUUGAAAGUGACAUAGCAGCAAAGGAAUGGACUGGCAGCUGUGUAGAUAUUCUGGGCAAUAACUGCAUUGAUCCAUCACUAACUUAUCUUUGUAGACGUGAAUACAUCCUUGAGUGUAACUGGAAGGUUUUCUGUGACAAUUAUUUAGAUGGCGGCUAUCAUGUACCAUAUGCGCACAAGGGCCUAGCGUCUGGUCUAAAGCUUGACUCUUACUCCACCACGAUACAUGAAAAGGUGAGUCUACAAAUAUGUGAAGGUGGAUCAACCAACAAUGCAGAUGAUUUUGACCGACUUGGAGCGAAAGCUCUUUAUGCUUUUAUUUAUCCCAAUUUCAUGAUAAACAGGUAUGGACCAUGGAUGGACACAAAUCUUGUACUGCCCCUAGGACCAAGGAAAUGCCGCGUAAUAUUUGACUAUUUUCUGAAAGAUUCUCUCAAGGAUGACAAGAAUUUUGUGGAGAGAAGUCUGCAGGAUAGUGAAAGAGUACAGAUGGAAGAUAUUGUUUUGUGUGAAGGCAUUCAAAAAGGCCUUGAAUCUCCAGCCUAUUGCAGUGGAAGAUAUGCGCCGACAGUCGAAAUUGCUAUGUACCAUUUCCAUGGUCUGCUCUAUCGCAAUCUCAAAGGGUGAACUACAGGUAUCUUGUUCGGUGAGGAUGAAAAACCUAGUCCCUGCUUUUUUAACUUUUAAUUUCAGACUAUGGGAUACAAACUGCCUCCGGGCUUAUUGAAUAUAUCGUGUUUGGCUAACAAAACCCCCAGGCUUUAGCAGAAGCAACUCUCAACCCAUGGCCUCUCGAUUUUCCUCUAUGUUGCAACAUGAGUAACUCCAAGGGGUCUUUAAAUCGGUUUAGCUUUGCUUAGGGAUAAAAAGAUGAUUUCGAUAGCGAGAGAUGAAAACGGAGUAAUGCUUUCAGAA